AUGUCCGCCGAGGAUAGGCCCGACUCGGAGGUCAAGUGGUGGCACGAUACAUCCCGCCAACGUCUUCAACAUCUGCUCUCCGUAUCCUUCCAGCAGGAUGACUCCACUACCGUGACUAGGACUCGCGAUUCCCUUGACGUCGAGAUAACGGCGAUGGAAUUAGCUACCUGUGCCAUGAAAACCCACAGAAAUACUCUCGUAGCCAUCAACAAACUACCCGCCGAGUUGCUCGCACGAUGUUUUCGAUGGCUCGUCGACCUCGAGCCGCAUGCCGGUGUCGUUGGCAGCUCUAACAUUGAAGACUGGGGCUUCGAUAAGAAAGAGUAUGAUGCGCGGCUCCAGUACCCUGCCCCGCCUCUUGGUUGGAUGAAGGUCACACACGUUUGUUCGCUCUGGCGAGAAAUAGCCGUCAAUGAGCCCACAUUGUGGUGGGAACCGUCAUUCCGACUUCGAGGGGACUGUACCGAGGUCAUGAUUUCUCGAGCGAAAUCGGUUCCAUUAACAGUGGCUUGUCAUCCUCGCUCUCGCUCCGACAGACAGAAGGUUCAAUCCAUUCUGGAACCGAAGAUGCAGCAGGUCGUUCAGCUUUCUAUUCGUGGAAAUGAUACCAUAGUCCGCCCUCUGGUCGAGGCAACGCUCGGACGCGAUUACCUACCCAGACUGACGUCUCUCAGCUUCUCGCACUCUUCUGACAACUUCUAUAUGGACCUUCAAGAAUCCCUCGAGACCGAAGAAAUAAAUCCACCACCCCGCACAUUAUUUACGAGUGCCUUCGCGGCCAACACACCCAAUAUCAACCGUCUCUUGUUCAACGAGACGCCACCUCCGGAUCUCCUCAGUAUAUCACAGCUCACAAAUCUUGCAUACUUCUCCAUGAAGUCACCCUCACCAUCUAUUUCCGUAAGACAGUUAUCUGAAUUGCUCGAGUCAAUGCCUCGACUGAAGGGCCUGACUCUCGAGUGCUGUCUCCCGGCGUUGAUCACGGUUGAUCCUCCACCAGUUGACACUCCUGUGCCCUCUCACGUCCACCUGAGGGAGCUCCGCUCUCUGAAUGUGAAAGAAAGCAAGAUUAACGUGGAAUCCUUUCUUAAAUUUGUCCAUAUACCCACCGCCACUCGUAUAAGGUUACAACUUAUGCAGAGCCGCCAGCCGAGUUCAGAGGCAUUUGAGGCAGCCAUCGACACUAUACACACCGCAUUUGCUUCCUCCCAGCGAAAAAUGGCGAUGCGAACUAUGUGGCUCCACAUUAGCUUCGGCCCCCCUGGGCUCGGGGUGAAGCUCAUCGGGUCUCACGAGCUCGUGAAGGCGAUUGCAAACUCGAACGUCCCUGCGCCACCGAAUUCCCCCACAUUCCAAUCCUGCCUCCUCUCGGCCGGAGACGAUCUCAACGCCUCCACAGCAGCUGCGCUGUUUCGGCAAAGAGACUUUUAUGGCAUUGAAAUUCUUCAUCUUGAAUUCACCCGGUAUCGUCACCGCUUGGACGUUUCGGCACUACCGACGUUCCUUCAAGGGAUGCCGAACCUGCAUCACCUAUCCAUCACACUCGACGCUCCCUUGCAGGAUGGAAUUCUACAAUCCAUACUCUUCCGCCGCCAUGGGUCUUUCCAGGCCGACGUCUCUCAUGGCCUUCCGAAGGCGCUCACCCUCGGCCAUCGACUCUUGCAACGAUCUCGAAUCCGAGAUGCGUGUGGAGAUUCCGACCAGGAAGAACUAUGUCUUCCCCAUCUCCAAACUUUCGUCUUAAACGACAUCGCAGCCAACCGCGUCGCUCUUCCGAAAGAAGAGCUACUAUUGGCCCUCACAUCGCGCUUGGAAAGACAUCCCGAUGCAGCCCUGCGUGAAUUACUGCUCGUCAACUGCAGUGGUAUAGAUGCAGAGUUCGAGAGCAGACUGCGUGGCGUAGUCCCGUUUGUCGAAUGUCGCGAAAAUAUUGUCGGUCGGCUGCGUCGUGCUGGAAGGGAGAUCAGACGAUGA